AUGAGCUCGUUGGCGAGCACGAAUCCGAGCUCGUCUCCCACCUCUGGCGCUACCCCCACCAAUACUUUCCCACCUAUCUCCUUCACUGGCCCCCCUCCAACUGGGACGGACGGCGCGGCGGCGGCCACGAGCUCAUCGGCAGACAAUAAUGGGACCCCAUCGUCCUCGCUUUAUCUCUUCACAUUCCUCGCAACACUUUUUCUGCUACUCGCCAUCUCUUCCGCGAUCAUCCUGCGAGGCAUCUUCCUCCGCCGUCGCUUCCGUCGUCGCCUCGAAGAAGCGUUCGCCACGGGCCUACUCUCACCCUCGGACGAUGUGUUUGGCGGUGGACGUUUGCACCGGAGGAAAUUACAACGGCCGACGCUAUUCGAUGUCAGCGUGACCGCGCCGUACUUCUCCACCUCCAGCCCGCCGGACGGCAACUGGGAAAAGCUCAUGCCGUUCUCCGGGAACAUAUCCUCCGAGAAACAAGGCCUCGAUCUUGCAUCGGACGCCGCCACAACCGCCUCCGCUCCCCCACGACCGGGGCACACGCGGCGGUUGCUCGAGCGCGCCGGAUACAUUCUCCCGCGCGGCCGCCUCCGCCGCAACGCCCCGCCAGCCCCCGCUCAACCCGCGUCGACACCCCCGACGGCCGCCACCGCGAGCCCUGGACCGUCCCCGUCGCCAGAAGGCGACGUCCCGCUGGAGGGCCCGCCGGAUCCGGUCGCGCGCGCGGCGGAGGUGCGUGUCGCGGUCGUGAUCGCGAUGCCGCACCCGCAGCGCGCGGCGUACGUCGCGCCCGCGGUGGACGCCGAUCUCGUCGCGCACUCGCCGAGGGGGAAGAGCAAGGCGCGGGGUGGGCUCGACGGGUGGACGGACGACGGGCACGAGGAGGAGGGCGUGCCGGACGUGGUGUUCGGGGUGGUCAGGGUGCCCGUGCGCGACGAGGACGCGGAGGGGGAGAAGGACAAGCGUCCAUAG